AUGAGAGCCUCGCCCUCGCUGUCUCUGCGCAUCCGAGCCCACACCACCCGCCCUGACGCCCCGCGACCCAGGGCCCCCGUCCAGGCCGCCGUCCCCGCCGCCUACUACCGCGGCGGCACCUCGCGCGCCGUCCUCUUCCAGCCCCAGCACCUCCCGCACGACCGCGCAAAAUGGCCGUCCCUGUUCCGCCAGGUCAUGGGCAGCGGCGACCCCUACGCCCGCCAGCUGGACGGCAUGGGCGCCGGCAUCUCGAGCCUCAGCAAAAUCUGCCUGGUCGAGCCACACGGCGCGCGCCCCGUCGUCCCUCAGCAAGCCGUGGCCGACAGAGUCGCUCGCCGCUCCGUCGAUGGAGCCCGCCGGCUUCUUGACCACCUCGCCGCCCGCGGAGAUGCCGUGGACGGGGUGGACAUCGACUACACCUUCGUGGGCCUGGGCAUCGAGGGCGACGAGCUCCAUGUCGCUGCCAACUGCGGCAACAUGAGCAGCGCCAUUGGCCCCUACGCCUACAACGCCGGCCUGCUGCCUCCACGCACCUACGCCAAGGGCGACGGCCCCGUCACCGUCGCCAUUCGCAACACGAACACGCGCAAACUCAUCCACGCCACCUUCGACGUCGCCGGCGGACAGGCGGCCGUCGUGGGCGACUACUCCAUCGACGGCGUCACGGGGCCCGGCGCGAAGAUCAAGCUGGACUUCAAGCACCCCUACGGCAGCAAGACGGGCAGACUCCUGCCCACCGGCAACAAGGUCGACCGCAUUCUCGACUACAACGUCACCUGCGUCGACGGCGCCAACCCCUGCAUCUUCAUCCGCGCAGGCGACCUCGGCCUCGACGGCACCGUCCUGCCCAGCGACUUCAACAAGCUGCCAGACAAGCUCGCCCUGCUCGAACGUAUCCGCAAAGCCGCAGCCGUGGCCAUGGGCAUCGCCCCCACCGAACACGCCGUCCCGCGCACCAUCCCCAAGAUCGGCCUCAUCUCCAUGUCCUCGACCCAUCCCGUCCUCUCCGGCCAGACACUGCAGACCUCGCAGACCGACCUCGUCGUCCGAUUCCUCUCCGACACGCAGCCACACCGCGCCAUCCCCCUCACCGCAGCCUUGACCACCGCAGUCGCCGCCCGCAUUCCCGGCACCCUGGUCGAACAGAUACUCGCCCCUGAUCCCGUCAUGGACGGUGCCAUCACAAUAGGCCACGCCAGUGGGAGGUUGCACGUCGACGCCACCAUGGACGACAAGGACAAGCUCACGCCCAUCAACGGAACCGUGUACCGGACAGCCAAACGGCUCUUCGAAGGCUCCACCUUCUGGACCGAACCCACGCCGAACGCACCAGCAGAAAGGGCUCUGCGCAGCGUCUACGGAACCGACGGCACUCACUCGCUCGGCAUGGCCUUUGUGCUCGAGACCCGUGGCCAGUCCACCAAGCACUUGUGGGCAGGAGAAAAGCCGGAGCGCUCCGAGUCGUCGAGUCCUCUACCCAACACCACCGACACCACAAAGUCCUCAGACACCUCGCCCCUCUCCGCAAAAGCCACACAGUGGCGCCAAUGGGCCAAGCGACACUCGGCUGAACAGAGAAGCCUGCGCUCCACCGCCAACCAGCGAGCGAGAGAGGAGGAGAGAAAAACGGAAGACGGCCGCGUCCAGUCCACAACAAGACCUCAGGGCGGACAAGUCUGGGUCGGGGGGAGAGAUACAGAAGAAAGCGACGCCGUACGGGAAGAAAUGGCAUCCCGCGACCGCGCGAGAGAGGUUCGGUGGAGCAGGAAGUGA